AAUUAUCAUCGUAGCGGUGCCUGCUCCGAACUAAUAAACAUCGGCACCUUCCUCCUCGCCAGUCAGCUCCACGUAGCUGAUAUCCUUUUAUACUAUGUCUCAGAUCGAUCCCGACUUUGCAUCUAUCUAUGCUGACCUCUGGGUCAACGACGCUAUCAUCGAGUCCUUAACCCAUGGAAUGUACACAGCAUUGCUUGCCGUCGUACUAUGGCAAAUCCGUGUGUAGUUGAUCCUAGCCUAGCCUACACAAUUGAAUCUGAAAAACAGUCCCUUGCAUAGUGUCAAACAUAACCACUCAUAGGCGGCCGGUGAAGGUCCUUGCCGGUAUCUCGGUGUUCAUGUACAUCAUGGCGAUGAUCCACCUGGCCACGGUGUGGUUCCAUACCAGGCGGGCAAUCAUAACGAAGGGAGAGACAGAAGAAACAGAGUCCUUGGCCCUCGCGGACUGGAUAACUACUGUUACCCCUAUGUGGGGCAUGAUGAUCAACGAUAUCGCAGCAGGCAUGAAUAUAUUGAUUGCGGAUGGUGUUAUCGUACUCUUUGGCAUUUCGUGCCUUCUUCAACUUCGGGAACCGAUACAACUUCCAGCCAACUGGGGAUUAGCUUAUUACGUUAUGGCACUCCCAGCAACGAUCAUAUGUACCACGCUCAUAGUGUACCGACUGGCUAAGGCGAUCAAGAAUAAGAACUCCCCACACUACGCGCCGAACCUAUACUGCCGUGUCAUAGAGAUCUUGGUAGAAUCAUCUGCACUGUAUAUCUUUGUCCAGGGGGUUUUCAUCGUGUUUGAUGCGAUGAAUAGUCCGUAUAGCUCGUAUCCACAAGCCGUGCUUCAGUCGGUUACUGGAAUUGCGCCGACAUUAAUGCUUCUUCGUGUUGUGUCUACUAAGAACACUGAUACGAGUCCCCUGAGUGAUAAUAUGGAUUCGCGACCUUUACAGCGCUUGCCGAGAUCACAAACGGAAGGUGGUGAAACGCGUGUAGAUAAUGAUGAAGUGAUGAUCAUAGGUCCGGAGAAGAUGGUCUAAAUGGUAUGAGCUGCGUGCGAUUGUCAUCCUAGAGAUGAUAGUGAUUUAAUUAAUCGGAAAGAUGGAAAUCAAAGUUGGUACCUUGUUGGUUCCAUAUACAUAGAAAUAGUGCAGUUUUCUAAGUAAAUGUUUACUAUAGAAAUUGUCUCGUGCCCGACUGCGACGUUACAUACGAGAAGUAAGUAAUGAGAUCUUAGCAUAGAGCUAGCUUCUAAGACGAAGGUCGCGAGUCUCAAGUAAAGCCUGGUGCUGCCUGAUUCGUCAGUUCAUUUUAAUGCCUUCUAUCUCGGUUUUUAAGUAAUCUUAACGCCAAACUUAGCGACUGACUCUCAGCAGCAUUCAACAAGCAAAGAGGAAGAGAUGGCGUCAAAGACGACAGCGAAGAGGCAAGAU